AUGACCCAAUUUAAUGAAGAUUUAAUGAAAGCUCUCGCAAGAUUUUUGGGACCUUAUGAUAAUAAUAUAUCUAGUGGAAACAACCGAAUUGAUGAAAUCUUAAAAGCAUCACAACGUAAUUCAAUUGACGAUGAUGAUUUUCUUGAAUGGAUUGAAUUUAAUAAAUUAGUAAAUUUUAAAUAUAUUUCAAGAGGAGGAAUUGGUGAAAUAUAUUCCGCUAUCUGGAAAGAUGGUCCAUCAAAUAGCGCUGAUAUAUUUGAUAGGUUAUUUAAUAGGAAGGGAGAAUGUUUCAUCGUUGUUAAAUUUUUUAAAAAGGAUAAAGAAUUUUUUAAUGAGCUUAUAAAAACUUACAAGAUUAUUGGAACUUGUCCAAGAGCUUCCGGAUUAGAAAAUCUUGUUCAUAUCUACGGAGCAACAAGAGAUUAUGAAAAUGGAAAUUAUGGAAUUGUCAUGGAAUACUUAAAUAGUGGAAAUCUUGAAAAAUAUUUAGAAAAUAAUUGGGAAUCUAUAACUUGGAAAGAAAAAUUGGGAAUUCUUAAAGAUGCAGCGCAUGGUUUGUUAAAAUUACACGAUGCAGGAUUAAUUCACGGAGAUUUACAUACCAGAAACGUAAUGAUUUCAACAAAUCUUUAUGAUCAUCCUACGGGAUAUUUAGGAGAUUUCGGAUUAUGUAGAACAGAUGAAAGUAAUGAAAGUAAUUCAAGAAUACAAAAAAAUGUAAUUCCGUAUAUGGCUCCAGAGUUAUUGUUGGGCGAAGGAUAUACUAAAAAAGCUGAUAUUUAUAGUUUUGGAUUAAUAAUGUAUCAAGUAGCUACCAAUACAAGACCAGAGCGGUAUAGACAUUAUAAACAUAGAUUAGCUAAUGAUAUUCUUAAUGGUCGUCGACCUGGAUUUAAUAGAGAUUUAAUGCCUCAUUGUUAUGAAAGUUUAAUGAGAAAUUGUUGGAGUAAUGGGAAAAGAAAUCGUCCUAAGGCUGAAACUCUUUAUGCAAGAUUUUGUGAAUGGGAAGAAAAUUAUUAUAAACGGAAUUCUCCUUUUAAAAAUUUUAGGCUUCAGAGAGUUGAACCUUCUGGUAAUGGUAAUGGUUAUUUUUAA